GCCCUCUACAGUAUAACGAACAAGCCACGCCCAUCUAAGUUAGGACCUCAUUCCUUCACGUGCAAGAAGAUAUAAAAUUGGAUCUGCGAGCAGCGCAGCAUUGCUAUGAGGACAACCGUUGUGCUGCAAUAGAGACUGUAUCAGAGUAACUCCUAGCUCGGUGUGAUCAGAUGGGUAAGGAUUCAGAGCUGUUCAAGGCGGCUCAGUCAGGGAACAAUGCAGUCCUUGAGAGAGCUUUCGCUUCUUUCCUCAAGAAGAACUCAACCGCAGGAUCAGGAGGAGGAGGAGGCGGAGGGCAUUCAUUUGGGAGUGCUCGUGGCAAGACCCAUCCCAACAUUCAGGAUGACCAGGGCUACACUCUCCUUCACCACGCCACAUUGCAGAGCCAUAGAGACACGGUGAACCUUCUCCUCCGCUGUGGAGCUUCCACCACAAUCUCUGACAACUCAGGCAGCUGUCCCCUGCACCUGGCCGCAUGGAAGGGGGAUCUGGAUAUCGUUAAGAUGCUCGUUACCCAAGGGCCCUCUCGUGCCAACGUCAAUCAGCAAAACGAUGCUGAAGACUCUGCAUUACACCUUGCCUCUCAGUAUGGGUUCUCUGAGGUUGUCGAGUUCCUGCUACAGAGGCACGCUGACCCCCUCCUACUUAAUUGCAAGUCGGAGUCAGCACUGGACCUUGCCGCACAGUACGGGCACAUUGACACUGUCCACUUGCUCAUCUCCCACUGUCCUGAGAUGCUCUUUAUCCAACGGGCCCAGUUCUCACCCCUCCACCUCGCCGCUAGGAAUGGUCACACUGUCGUGGCUCUGUCCCUCAUCAACGCUGGCAUCUCUGUUAACACUGUGUGUGACAGUGGGUCAGCACUCCACGAGGCUGCCGUGUGUGGGAAGGACGAGACUGUAGAGCUACUUCUAGACAAGGGAGUGAACCUUGACCUUAAUGACGGUCGUGGUCGAACAGUGCUAGACAUCUUGAACGAGUAUACGGCUGAAAAGGCUGUCAAAAUCAAGACCAUGAUUCAAGAUCACAAGAGCAGUGGGCGUGUCUCUGUGAGCCCCCCUCCCCCUAGUAUACGCCACCAGAAUAUUGUUGCUGUGGCGGGUACCAACUGUCUGCCUGUGGUUGAGGAGAGCAGUGCACUGGCCUUCAAGAGAGGGGACACCAUUGUCGUGCUGGAGAGGAAGGGAGAUGCUCUCUUCACUGGAACCUGUCACGGGAAAACUGGCUCAUUUCUGGCAGAAGAUGUCACCUUCUAUUGUGAGCACAAUGGUGAACUAGUGAAAACUGAUGUGACAUCUCUGACUUCCGACCCCUUCAUCAGAGCAGAUGAGAACAGUCCAGAUGGAGCUAUGAAAAUGGCCAUUUCUACCAAUGACCCUUAUGAGGACAUUCCCGCAUUCCCGACACCAAACUCACCCGAAAGAGUUGCCACAACUACCACUGGCACGCCCACCAGCAAUGAAAGUACCAGUCCAUCACCCUCGGCUACUGAGAGCAUCGACGAAUCAAAUUCCAGCGCUCCCUACGUCUCACUAGUUCCUGAUCCGAAUGCAGUAGCAGGACAAUCUCGAAUUGACAAAAAGCGUUUGUCAAAAAAAGACAAAAAAUUUCAGCUAUCCAAAGACACUGGUGCUUACGCUGAGCUAUCCCCGAUUAACCCCAUGGAAGCCAAGAAAGAAUUUGGCAACACUUUGAAGCUUAACCCCGUGGGUCCUGCAUUUGGUGUACUAGCGGAGGAGGGUCAAGUGGUCACCACCCAUAAUGCCACACCCCCACCACCCAGCCAAGAUGAGCCUCAGUUUCAGGGCUCCUAUUAUGUGCUCGAGGUGGGAAAUUUUGACCGCAGCUCUCGGGUACAAGUGUCACCCCCCGUGGAGGUACCAACAGACCCCCUGCAGCCUGGAUACUACAUGCUCGAUAUACACAACUUUAGCAAGACCGAGCAGCCAUUAAGAUCUGAGUCUCGAACUGACUCUCCACAACAGUACGAGAAUAUAACAAACUUCACGAGAGCUGACGAGAAUGCUUCCCCACAACCAACUGUUGACAGUGUACCUCAGAAACCGACAUCAACUGACACACAUCGUGAAUCCGCCCGACCCAUGUAUGAGAACAUCUUAUUGUUCAGUGAAGAGCUGCCUCCUCCGGUCCCGAAGAAAGUUCGCUCAAAAACAGCUCCCGAGACAACAAAAACAGUCAGCAAUGACGAGAAACGCUCCUCCCUUCGACAUAGGAAAAUGGUCUACGAACCUAUAAACAUAGGUAAAAAAUCUACCAACAGCAGCAGCAAUUCCUCUCCUACAAACUGCACUUCUCCUGUUCCAGAACCAGAAUCGGAUCGAGCUUCGACUAAGUCUGAUUCUGCUAGUUUGAAACGAAUCAGUACAUCUAGUGACCCGUUUGCAGGGCUGGUGAUGUCAGCCAGUACUGUGGGGUCUUCACCUCCCACAGACGGAGAAAAGUUUCGGAACAGAACAGAGACAGUGUGGGAUAACGAGAGGGUUGAAAUGGAAUGGAGUCAGAUUGACACACUCCUGAGGGACAUUAGUGUACCACAACAACCUGGGUCCCCUCCCCCCGUCACCCAGACACUGGCCUCAUGGCUCUUACUCUAUGAUCUGGAGGCUUGUCAGGGUGCACUGCAGACCAAUGGCUAUGACAGUCUCCUCUUCCUUAGCGGGAACAUCCUGGUCAUGGAUGAUCUCGAGGACAUCGGCAUAACCUCACCUGACGACCAGUUCAACCUGAUGGCAGCAGUCUCGCUCCUUCCACCACCUCACCAUCUUGAUCAUGUGACAUCCGUCGCCCAAUGGCUGGAGCUGUUGGAACUGAGUCACUUGGAGGCAAAGUUCAGCGACUACUCUUUGGAGAGACUGUCUGGGUUCUGGGAAGUGGAGCUAGCUGCCGUGAUUGGUGUUGAGGAGCUUGGAUAUCGUAAGAGACUCCAGUACGGCAUCUCUGAGUUGAGGUCUGCCCACCCAGAGUGGAGAAGUUCACAGACCCAGACUCUCCCUACUUCUGGUAGUGUACCACCAACCACAACGACUACGCACACGACACUCCCACUGUCUGUCAAGUCUGAGGUGGUGUGCUCCCCCUCGCUAGCUCAGGCAGUGGGUGAGGGCAUUCGCACGGCCAGGCUCUCACCAGUCGUAUGGAAACACUCUCAUGAGGCACUCACCAGUGGCUGCAUCCAGUACAAAGUUAAGUAUCUUGGGAGUGUGAUCAUCAAACAGUUACAUGGGAACCAGUCAGCAGAGGAGGCGUGUCUACGACUCAAGAAUACCACAGAGAGCACGCUCAAGAAGCCAGAGAUCAUUCUGGCCAUCUCGUGGAAAGGAGUCAAAUUUGUGGACGGCCAAUCUAAAAUGGUUGUGAGCACCCACGCUAUCAAGGACAUCUCGUGCUGCUCCCCUGACCUGGAGGACAGGAGGAUAUUUGCAUACAUCACCAAGGACAAACUGACUGGGAAGCACUACUCUCACGUCUUCAUGGCAGACACUCAGGAGACGGCUGAAGACGUGAGGAUGACCAUUGCCCAAGCAUUUGAGAUCUGCUAUCAGAAAGUGAUGAAGGCGCGCAGUAAAGUCACGACAACCUACAAAUCAAUAACUAAAAACAAUCAUACCAACUCAGUACUGGCAGAGUCUUAGUUAAUGAAUCAGAGCACUUUGUGAAUCAUCCCUAUACUAUACCCCAACCAAGUUAUGUAAUUAUGACCGUGUUUUGUAAAUUGCUUCUAUAUAAUGUGCACAUUAAUAAUAGCAGAAUGACAUUUCAACAAUUUGAA